GGCGGGCGGGCGGGCAGGCUGGUGUGAGCUGUUUGGCCACCGGAGCCAAUCGAAAGCUGGGGCUUGAUCCUCUCCUCGGGCAGUGCCUGCGCCGAGUCAGUGCCGAGCUCCCCUCCGCCGCCGGGACCCGCCGAAGCCGCCGAGCUCCCUCCACGCACCGCGCUACCCCCCCCCUCCCCAAAACUGAGCGCCUAUGGGCAUCUGCAGCCGGCGAGGGCUUCGCACCACCGCCACCAGCGGCAGCGGCAGCGGCAGCGGGCGACGACCGCCGCCCCGCUUCAUCACCUCUUGGGAUCUAUAGCUGGCAGGACGGAGGGCGCUGCGGACCCUUCCCCGCCUCCGUGCAGGUUUGCUUCAUUUUGUGAUGCACUAAUUGCAUGGGUACGUAGCAUCUUCACACAAAGGAAGAAGAGCCACCUUGCCACAAUCUUCGAUGCUAGAUUCUGGAUCAGGUGUGGAGAAUCCAGCCAGGACCGUAGUCCUAACACCAAGCCAUUUAGCUAUAAGGACCAUGCAUCUCAUAGAGGAAGCAGACGCAUGCAGGUCUGUCAGUCAACGCCACCUUUAUCAGCCACACCCUUCCAGUUACAUUAGCCUCCUCCACCCUGAAACAGGUCAGGUACAGGGUUUUCUCUGUGCCAUUACUUUACCUGAAAGCGGAGGUGCACUAUUCUACAGUUUGCCGCAAACACUUUUUUGAUCUGUUGGUGUCUGUCUUUGGAAAAUGGCAUGUUUUCACAUUAGGAAUACCUAUGCAACAUCUCAAGUGUCUAUAGUGUCAGACAUAUGUAUAUUUACUGGUGAGAUGGUAUUUUUUUAUCUUGGCAUCACUCUAAAGGAAAAAAAAAUCAUUACUUGGAAGGAUUUGAAGCUUUACUGGGAAGAGAGGAAUGAAUCUUUCCUCUGUACGCUAUUACAAAAAUACAGACCUUUAAGAACAAAGGUAAGCAGAGCACUUUUAGAAAGACUUGAAGUGUCCUUACCUCCUAACGGGAAGCUUCUGGCCUGCACUCACUUCUGGCACCCUAGAGAUCCUCCAUUCUCCCUUCCCACGGAGAACGACAUGAAAUGAACUGUCAAAUGAGUUGUGGCAGUUCACUGGUGAGCAUUGGCUUUAUGAGGAAAUUUAGUACGUCUAUUCUGAUAUCCUGGAAGCACAUCGAGACACAUUACUAAAAUGAAUUGGACAAGUGGUUGAUAAAGAUCCAAGAGUUGGUAAGAGAUGCUCUACAGAACAAGAAAUCCUAAUAGACAACCAUAGGAAAAAAUAUUUCUGCCAACUGGCUGACUAUUUUAACUUAGCAACUGGCUUAUGCUCUACCCUCUUCCUUAACAUCUAAAAUAAAUAUUGAAUUCUCUCCUGUUUACAAACCUUCUUAAACCAUUUGCCUAAGAGGCAUUGCAGUAAUGAAGUCCUCGAAAUUGUGUUUAAGCAUUUCCUCUUACUGCAAGAAUAAAUCCAUCAAGUUUUCGGCCUCCCACGAAGACAACAAAUGCAAGUCUGUAAGUGUCAUAAAAGCCCCAAGAAACUUCAGAAGCAAUUUAAAAUAAUAAAAAUAUGCUUUUGGACACCUCUCGCUACUUCUGUGUGGAACGAGGCUAGGCAGGGACUCGGAGGCUGGGGAGGCAGAUGGGACUUCACCUUGUGUAACCUGGUAUGCCCUUCCCCUCGCCCCGCCGUCCCCAAAUCAGCUGUCACCGUAUUGGCAGGAGUCUCCUGAGCCUUCGCUAGCCAGGAGUUUGCCCAGCUGUUUGGCCCAGGAUUUCACAGAGAAGGAGGAGACCUUUCUGGCUGAAGCUUCUGUAAAAUCACUGCUUCAGCGAUUAAAGCAGCGUUGUCCCUAUGGGGGAAAAAAGAGUAGUUGGAGAGCUUGGCGGCGGCGGGGGGGAAGCGAUGUGACUUAACACGGGGCCUGGCCUCUUCACAAUAAAUAAUCACCCUAGAGUAGAGCUAAUCUCCUAGGAAAAGUGGUGGGAUUACAAAGGCGGUAAGAUCUCCACUUCUUCUAAAAGCAGGCGUAAAGUUCAACUCCAUUACAUUUGAAAAUGUGUCUCUCCUAACAGCUACUUGUGUUGCCGUUGCAGGAUGAUUUGGAAAUUUGCCUUGUCCGUUUUUCUGAUGGCAGCGCUGGUUCGAGUAACAGACACCAGGAAAAACCGUCCCGCAGGCGCCAUUCCCUCCCCUUACAAAGACAGCAGCAGCAACCACUCGGAGCGGAGGCAGCAGCUGAAUAAGGAGGUGCUGGCCUCCAGCCAGGAGGCCCUCGUGGUCACCGAAAGGAAGUACCUCAAGAGCGACUGGUGCAAGACGCAGCCCCUGCGGCAGACUGUCAGUGAGGAGGGCUGCAUAAGCCGCACCAUCAUCAACCGCUUCUGCUAUGGGCAGUGCAACUCCUUCUACAUACCACGGCACGUGAAAAAAGAGGAGGAGUCCUUCCAGUCCUGUGCUUUCUGCAAGCCACACAAGGUCACCUCUUCGACCGUGCAGCUGGAGUGCCCUGAGCUGGACCCACCUUUCCGACUCAAGAAAAUUCAGAAGGUCAAGCAGUGCCGGUGCAUGUCUGUGAAUCUUAACAACUCAGGCAAACUGUGAGAGCGGGCGUGUAGCUACUGCUUGGUGUUGCCCCCAUCAGAUUUACUGCUGCCUCUCCUCUCCCACUGAGCAGACUGUGCAUUUUGUUGGUUUGUUUCUUCUUUUCCUUUUUUUUGUGUUUUGUUUUCUUUCAGGAGGCAUCUCUUCAGCAAGGAAAGGCUCCUUGUGACUUGCCUACUGGAAUAACGCUUUUUAAUGAGCUGUGUUAGGCACUUCACCACAAAGUUUCAGCAUAUUUCCGAUAUCACCGGGUGGUUGAAUCUUCUGGAGUGGAGCAGGCUCCCAGAAGUUGGGAUUGAUCAUCAAAGUGACCAGUUGGCUGAAUCCAGCAUUAAAUGUUUCCACUGUGUGGAGUAAAGCCCUCUGCCCUACACUCCAGUCUCCUCCACAAGACGAGAACGCUUUCCCCGCGCUUUGGUCCGGAGCUUGCCGCUCCCAGUUGGAAGUGCUGGGGCACUGCCCAGGACUGGGGGACACAGAUGAGGGAGACUAACGAGGAGUAACGUGCGAAAAGCAAGUGAGACUCUCUGAUGAGGCUCAUCUCCUUAAGACAACUUUAACUGUGCAAUGACAAACGGCUCUGGGCUUGUUGUCUGAGCAGCAGAUAAGAAGCGAGGGGGAGAGGGCGAGGCGCUGGGUCAGCCACCAUGACCACAGAGCAGACUGAGGGUGGGUUCUGAUGCUGUUGUGGUUAGAGUAUAUCGAACAUGUGGUCUCUGCAGCAGUGUUUAUUUUGUAACCUAGCUAUAGUAAACAGCUGUUUAAAGUAUUAUAGACCUAGCCAUGUAUAUUUUGCUUGUGGCAGAAUAUGCCAGAGAUUAAAAGAUGUUGAGUAAGAGACUCGGUUGCUAGGUCAGCUGCCUGGCUUAAAAUGGACGUGGUUUAACUAGGCUUUUGGUAGGUUUUUGUGUGUUAGGUAUGUGUGUGUUUCUUACUCCCAAAAGAACAACAUCCAUUUAUGACCUUAUAUUUAUGCCUGCUCAGACCGGGGAAGGUGGGAGGGUAGUGGGAGAGGAGCUGAGAACACUUAAGGGAACGAUGUUUCCCGUAAGGUAUAAAAGCACUGUCGCACAAAGGACAAAAUUUGGUCAUUGCUGGACUGAAUACAAAAGCUACAUCAGUGUCAUCAGGUUUUGGGAGUGGUGUCUCUCCCAUGAUUGGAAACCAUGUUAAUGUAUUAGUGUUAAAGGACAAACCCAUCAGUCAGUGCCGCUGGAAUGGGUCACAGCUGUAGGAGCAGGGAGAGUGAGUUGUAAUUGCUACAGUACUGGUGGUCCACUCGGUUUUUGAGUCCUACAUAAUCAGUGUUGGUGAACACUUGCAGUUCCAUACUACAUUGUCAUUCAGCUGAUGGAGUUUAGCAUGUCCUGUAUAUCCCAUUUGUUACAGUUCUGAUCUCUAUUAGUCCCAGCUGCAUCCAAAUCCUACGUCUCAAAACAAAGCAGCCCCUUCCCCCAAACCAAAGCCCAUGCGUGCUCAAUUGCCCGAAGCUUACAAAUUAAAAAUGACACGCCGACUCCCUGAUGCAUGUCUCACAGUUCAGCAUCUGCAUCUAGUGAAACCAGCUUGCCGUGGGAGCCCUUUCCCGCCAGCCUCUUCCCAUGCAGCCACUUCAAGGGGUUAAUGCGGUUAGCACUUUCGCCAGCCAGGGCUGCAGUGCCACAGGUCUCUAUUAUGUGAGACAGGCUGCUCUAAGAGGCUUUCAGGACUGAGCUCCACGAGAGCUCACCAAGCGGUUUACGGGGAUUGGCACGGGCAGGAUGAGGUCGGUCAGGUCUGUUAGCCCCAUUACGUGAACGGCCGUGGCUUUUCUGCUGUGAUCUUUCAGCGUGUCAGAAGCGCACAGGGAGACUCCUCGCACAGGGAUUGCUUUAGAGGCUGUCGCUGCUGUGCUGCCAGCGUCGUGCCAGCCACCGAAUGGGCACCACUCGGUCUAGGCUGGAGAGGGUUGGGGUGGGGGGGGGGGGGGAGAAGGUGGCAAUAGCUGUAGUCUAUUGAGACUCCAGGGAUCUCAGUCUCCGCUUGAAAGAAAUGAACUGAAAGUCAGGCAUUUUGGACUAGAGAGAGAAAAGCACCCUAGUAACUUCAGUUAGGAAAAAUGUGCAAGAAUCUUUAUCUUUAAGCUAUGCCCUGCCUGGGUUUUUCACCAGUUUGCAAUAUGAAUAUGCUGCAGCUUAAAGCUCCUUCUAGGAGCUGUGUUUAUGUAAAAACUGAGUUGAGCUUGUAAUGGUUAAAACUGUAUUUAAUUCUUGUUUUAUAAAAGAAAACAAAAAAUGAAGAAAUGCUUUAAGUAUAAUGUAAUUAUUUUAUAGGUCUACUAUUAAAUUAUAGAUUAAAUAAUAAAGCUCCUCUAGGGUUAUAUGGCA